UCUUCCUUACCUAAUACUAAGACAGACUCACUUUCUAGUCUUUGUUUUGUGGUUUAAUUUUGAAAGCUUUCCUCUAUUUAAACCAUCCUUCAGCUUCCACUGCUUCAACACUCAACAAAUUGUUUUCAUUUCCUUCAUCAAUAAUCCUAAAAGAAGAGGAAAAAUAAACCCCAUAUAUUUUUCUUCAUGGCACCUGCCCAGUUGGAACAAUUUGCUCACCAAAAUGGCUCGAUGGAGAGCUUUUGCACAAGCCACGUUGUCGAUCCACUCAAUUGGGGUGUGGCAGCUGAGGCUCUCAAGGGAAGCCAUCUUGAUGAGGUGAAGCGGAUGGUGGAUGAGUAUAGAAGGCCUGUUGUAAAGCUUGGGGGUGAGACUCUCACUAUUUCUCAGGUGGCUGCUAUUGCCACUCGUGAUAAUGAUGUAGUUGUGAAAUUGGCUGAGUCUGCCAGAGCGGGUGUUAAAGCUAGUAGUGAUUGGGUGAUGGAGAGUAUGAAUAAAGGAACUGAUAGUUAUGGUGUAACUACUGGGUUUGGUGCUACAUCUCAUAGAAGGACAAAACAAGGUGGAGCUCUUCAGAAGGAGUUGAUUCGAUUUUUAAAUGCUGGAAUUUUUGGAAAUGGAGCUGAGUCGAAUCAUACUUUGCCUCAUUCAGCUACGAGGGCAGCCAUGUUAGUGAGGAUCAAUACUUUGCUUCAAGGUUACUCGGGCAUUCGAUUUGAGAUUUUGGAAGCUAUUACUAAUCUUCUCAAUGAAAACGUUACUCCAUGUUUGCCACUACGAGGAACAAUUACGGCAUCGGGGGAUCUUGUCCCUUUAUCGUAUAUUGCUGGGCUACUUACGGGUCGUCCUAAUUCCAAGGCCAUUGGGCCUAAUGGGGAAACUCUUGACGCUGAGGCUGCCUUUAAACAAGCUGGUAUUCCUUCUAGCUUUUUCGAGUUGCAGCCUAAAGAAGGUCUUGCUCUUGUUAAUGGCACGGCUGUAGGUUCUGGGUUAGCUUCUAUUGUCCUAUUUGAGGCAAAUAUUCUAGCUGUUCUAUCAGAAAUUCUUUCUGCUAUCUUUGCUGAGGUCAUGCAAGGAAAGCCUGAAUUCACUGAUCAUUUGACUCACAAGUUGAAACAUCACCCUGGUCAAAUUGAAGCCGCCGCAAUCAUGGAACACAUUUUGGAUGGAAGUUCUUACAUGAAAGCAGCCAAGAAACUACAUGAAAUUGAUCCUCUCCAAAAGCCUAAACAAGAUCGUUAUGCUCUUAGAACUUCACCACAAUGGCUUGGGCCAUUGAUUGAAGUGAUUCGAUUUUCCACCAAAUCUAUUGAGCGAGAGAUUAACUCAGUCAAUGAUAACCCUUUGAUUGAUGUUUCAAGAAACAAGGCAUUGCACGGAGGCAACUUCCAAGGAACACCGAUUGGAGUUUCCAUGGAUAACACUCGUUUGGCCAUUGCUUCAAUUGGAAAGCUCAUGUUUGCCCAAUUCUCAGAACUUGUCAAUGACUUCUACAACAAUGGUUUACCUUCUAAUCUUUCUGCCAGUAGAAAUCCUAGCUUGGAUUAUGGGUUUAAAGGAGCUGAAAUUGCAAUGGCUUCAUACUGCUCUGAACUUCAAUAUCUUGCAAAUCCAGUGACAAGUCAUGUUCAAAGUGCUGAGCAACAUAACCAAGAUGUUAAUUCUCUUGGUUUAAUUUCUUCAAGAAAAACUGCAGAAGCCAUCGAUAUCUUGAAACUCAUGUCAUCCACAUUUUUGGUUGCACUCUGCCAAGCAAUUGACUUGAGGCAUCUGGAGGAAAACUUGAAGAGCACGGUUAAAAGUGUAGUGAGUCAAGUAGCGAAAAAGGUAUUAACCACAUCCUCCAUUGGCACACUACACCCAUCAAGAUUUUGCGAGAAAGAUCUACUUAAAGUCGUUGACAGAGAAUACACAUUUGCAUACAUUGAUGAUCCAUGUAGUGCUACUUAUCCAUUGAUGCAAAAGUUGAGACAAGUUCUAGUUGACCAUGCCCUCACCAAUGGCGAAAAUGAAAAAAACAUGAACACGUCCAUCUUCCAAAAGAUUACUGCUUUUGAAGAAGAACUAAAGGUAGCUUUACCGAAGGAAGUUGAAAAUACAAGGUUGGCAUAUGAGAGCGGAAAUUCUAAAGUUGCAAAUCAAAUAAAGGAUUGUCGAUCUUAUCCAUUAUAUAAAUUUGUGAGAGAAGACUUGGGAGCAAAACUUCUAACAGGAGAAAGAGUGAUAUCUCCAGGAGAAGAAUGCGAGAAGGUAUUCACAGCUUUGUGUCAAGGAAAGAUGAUCGACUCUAUUUUGGAGUGCUUAAAAGAGUGGAACGGGGCUCCCAUUCCUAUAUGUUAGAAUAAGGAUAUAAGAUUAAAUUUACACUUUUACUAUAAUUUUUUUUUUUUAAUUUUACUGUCACAUUUUUAUUUCAAGAAGUUAAUUUGAUUAAUGAACAAAAAGUUAGCAAAAUAAGAUACUGUGUUAUUGUGAUA